GUGGUCUGUCGGCUUUCUAUUCACCAUGAGUUUAACCAAGGCUGACCCUAAUAAGCAAGGAUGGGAAGAUUCUGAAUUUCCAAUCGUUUGCGAGACCUGCUUGGGUGAUAAUCCCUACGUCCGCAUGACAAAACAACCAUAUGGCAAAGAAUGCAAGAUCUGUCAGCGACCUUUCACCGUAUUCCGUUGGCUUCCCGGUACCAACAUGAGAUACAAAAAGACCGAAAUUUGUCAGACUUGCGCCAAGUUAAAGAAUGUCUGUCAGACGUGCGUGUUGGAUCUGCAAUACGGUCUGCCUGUCCAAGUUCGAGAUGAAGCAUUGAACGUCAAGUCCGAAGCACCGACGAGCAAUAUCAACCGACAAUACUAUGCGCAAAAUAUGGCGAAUAAGGUGGACGAUGAUGUGGGUGGCAGUCCUUACGAGAGUGGCAAAAGUGCACCUGCAAGUCGAGAAAUCCUUCGUAAAUUGGCACGUACCGAACCUUACUACAAACGCAAUCGGCCACACAUUUGCUCGUUCUUUGUUAAAGGUGAAUGUACUCGCGGUGACGAAUGUCCUUACAGACACGAAAUGCCCGGUGAAAGCGAUCUCCAACAACAAAAUAUUCGCGAUCGAUACUAUGGCAAUAACGACCCUGUGGCCCAAAAAAUGCUUGGUCGUGUCAAAGGCACCACACAAUCUUUAGCGCCGCCUGAGGAUAAAUCAGUGACAUCAUUGUUUGUUACUGGUAUCGAAGAAGACAUUGUAGAACAAGAUAUCAGGGGAUAUUUCCACAUGUUUGGCGAUAUCAAAUCUGUUAUUGUUAUCCAUAAAUCCAAAUGCGCGUUUGUCAAUUUUGUGACCCGAACAGCAGCCGAAAUGGCAGCAGACCGAAUCGCAGAUACAGGCUUAACAUUGAAAGGACACAAUUUACGAGUGGCGUGGGGUCGACCAAGACCUCAAGGACCGAAAUCGGACAUGAAGCGUGCCACAGCCACCGGCGAUCUCGGCGCAAUGCAGCCUCCUGCUCCGCCAUCGAUGAAAGCAACAGGAAGCACCGUCAAGUAUCCAAGUCAAGACCCCACUUCUCAAGGAUCCGUCACCAAAUCGACUUGAUCAUCCACCUUUUUUUUCCCCACAAAGAUUAAAAUUCGCAGAACAACAUGAGAACAGUGUUGUGAGAUGUAAAAUAAACCGUACUACCCAAGAAAAUUACAUGAUCUAAUCGUCAGAAGGGAUGAUUCGAUGAUUAAAUGCAAAC